CUGUAGAUACCCUGCGGUGCAUUAUUUGUUUAUCCAGAAUUGUCUGUAAAUUUUCAUUUUCAGAUAUCUUUCCUCACAAAAAAGUACGGCAACUUUUUUUGUAAUUUGAUCCGUAAAUGAUUGUUGAAGUGUAAGAUAAGGGGCAACCUGUACGACAACACUUACCUGGUGAUAUAAGCUUAACCUCACUAGGCUGAAAGUGGGGCCACUGUCAACUGUCAGCUGCAGCAGUGUCCAGUGUGUGUUUAGUCAUCUGAGGUGAGGACGAUCUCUCAGCCAGAUCGCCUCUAACAAAUACAGUAACUUCAAUUCCAAAGGAUGAACUCGACGGAGGGGGCAGCGACAGUGGAGGUGUUUGGGUCCACUUCGAGGUUCAAGGUGGUGGAUUAUAUAGUGUUCAGCGCCAUGUUGGUUAUCUCCGUGGCCAUCGGGGUGCACAGCGCCCUGAGAGGACGCGGCACUUCCUCCACUCAGGAGUACUUGCUCGGGGGGAGAACCAUGCCCAUCCUCCCUGUCGCCCUCUCACUUCUCGGUGGAGCCAUAUCGGCCAUAUCAAUACUUGGGAAUGCCACAGAGAUGUACUUCUAUGGGACACAGUUGGUCAUGAACCUUGGUGGGUGUGUGGUGGGCACCCUGGUGAUGCGGAAUAUCUUGCUGCCAGUCCUCUAUCCUCUCAACAUCAUCUCCAUGUUUGAGUACAUAGAGAUGAGGUUCAAGUCACAGCUGCUACGGAAGAUGGCGACGGCGAUUCAGCUGCUGGCAUCCAUGGUGUAUGUGGGAAUUUGUCUCUACGGUCCGUCCCUCACCCUCUCCUCCGUCACCAGCCUCCCCAUCUGGGCCUCCUGCCUGAUCAUGGGUUUCAUCUGUUCCUUCUACAUCACUAUUGGCGGGGUGAAGGCGGUGGUGUACACAGAUGUGGUGCAGACACUUAUCAUGUUCGGCGGGGUGUUGGUGGUGUCCGUUUUGUGCUGUGUACAACUAGGCGGUCCAGGCAUUGUGUGGACCAUCGCUGACCAAGGCGGACGACUUGAGUUCUUUAACAUGGACACUAGUCCUUUUGUGCGCCACACGUUCUGGUCGACACAAGUGCUGGGGAUGUACGUGGUGCUCAGCAUGGCCGGCCUCAACCAGCCGCAGUUCCAGAGGUUCGUCUCCGUCAAGAACCUGAAACAAUCACAGUCACUCUGCAUUUUGUUCAUCGUGGGGCUGUUCAUGCUGUGGGGAGUCUUCUACUUUUCUGGCCUGGUCGCCUAUGCCGUCUACAGCGACUGUGAUCCUCUCACCUCUGGAAGAAUUGAAAAGCCUGACCAGAUCAUUCCCUACCUGGUGACGGACAAGUUGAGUCACCUGGUGGGUAUGUCAGGUCUCUUUGUGGCGUCUGUGUAUGGCGGCGUCCUCAGCUCAUUGUCAUCACAUGGGAACUCCAUAGCGUGUAUCAUCUGGGUGGACUUCCUGAAGGAGAGAGAUUACUUCAAGAACAUCAGUGACCGCAGUGCCACCAACUUCAUCAGAGUCUUGUCCUCCAUGACGGGUGUGGUGGCCAUCUGUAUGGGUUUGGUAGUGGGCAAGUUGGGCACCAUCUUCCAAGUGGCAUAUAGCCUCCUCAGUGCCAUUAAGGGCCCCCUCAGCGGCAUCUUCCUGGUGGGCAUCUGUGCUCCCUGGGUCAACACCAAGGGGGCAACGGUAGGCUUUACACUGGCCUUCCUGUUCAACAUGUGGAUGGUGAUCGGCAAAUUCGUUACGGGUAGCAGCACUCCAAAGAAGCUGCCCCUCUCCACCCUGGGAUGUCCAGAGAACCUCUUAAAUGUCACCCUUUCCACCACCACCACCCCCACCACCAUUACUACCAGUCCUGAGUCUGGCAGCCACACCAUGUAUGACAUCUCUUACUGCUACAACGGCAUCACAGGAGUCCUCAACACCUUCAUCAUCAGCACUCUCGUCUCCCUCUGUACAGGUCCGAUGGCGCCGCAGGACGUGGAGGCGAAGCUAGUGAACGCGACGGCUGCUCGACUGUAUUUGUGGCUGUGGAGGCUGGUGAAAGGCCACCACCAUACUGCUACUACCACCACACCAGACAAGGAGGCCCAAGCACACAUGCUCUCUCCUCUCGAUUUACAAACCCCAAUGGAGUGAUCUUCGGUGCUAAGUGUGACAAUCAAUGCAAUGAAAAGUUGCAGCCUCGCACCUUGUCCUCAUACAGUACAUGACGUCUCGGCCUAGUACAGUACCUCUCAGUUUCGUAGUGCCUAUUCUCUCACACACAUACACAUAAAUUCACAGCCUACUGAGAAGAGUACAAUAUGUUUCUUCCACCUUUAUUUGAAUAUACUGUAUGGGCAAAAUCUCUGUAUUUUUAUAAAUUAAGUUUUCAUAUCCUUUACUUGCCAUUACUUGUGUCUUUACAGCAUUAAUAAGUCUACUGUAUAUUCCUUAUAUUUUAUCACUUAUCUGUACAGCAAGUGAUGUCUUAUCAUUGUUACGAGUUGGGGAUUUUGAAUAUAGUUAAAAGUCUACCCAGAUCCCAACAGGCAACAACAACAAAAAACAAAGACAAUCGGACUAUAAAAGGGUAGACAAAAGAUGCGAGUUUUU